AUGGCCUCUAGAACAAUCUAUCUGAUCACAUCCCGCAAUAGCGAAGCUCAAAGAUCACACUUCGCCAUUUUUGUCCCUUCCGAGCGAGAUCGCGAGCAUGGAACCCUGAUCCAAGCUGUCGGAGCCCCGAUGGCGGGCUAUAUCCUUGAGUUUAAGCGAAAUUACUCACCGGCCGAUUCGAUGGAGAAAUACACUCUUUUUCCUAUCGGGGAUGUUGAUCCUGCCAAUAUUGUUGAUCCGGUGCCCGGUCCGAAGUGCAGUGACUGCACGCCGCGUGGUGUUAUAGAGAUCGCUGCUACGGAAGUACCCACUCCGGGUAUUAGUGAGAACUUUCUGGCGCCUGUGAAUGAUGUGAGUCGAGAUCCCCUGUUGAAGAAGCUUAGUGUUAAUGCGAUGUGA